ACAAGACAUCGCUUAUAUCAAGACCUAUUAGCAGAGAACUGGAAAAUUACAUUCAUCCCUGAAUACUUUAUAUUCCUUCGGUUUUUUGAAAAAUCUAAAAAAUUUCAAAAUCGAUUUGGACACUAUAGAAUAUUUCAGUAUUUCCAUUUUGCUUGAAGCUGAUUCAACUGCAGUAUAUGAGCCUAGUGAUCUUCUCAGCUGAUCUGUUAUUUGCUCGAAGUCGUAUUUGAAGAUUGAUCUAAUAUCUUCUAUACUCCAAUUGUUCUACUGAUUCAAGCUUCACUUAGGUUUCAACAUGCCUCCAAAGCUCACUUUCAAAGAGCAGAUGAAGGGGUUUCCCCUCUGGCAGAUCAUUGUGAUUUCUAUCAUCAGAUUCUCAGAGCCAGUUGCUUUCACAUCUUUAUUUCCCUAUGUAUAUUUCAUGAUCAGAGACUUUGGCAUCGCCGAUAAAAAGGAAGACAUUGCUACGUAUUCAGGUUACCUUUCGGCCUCGUUUGCCUUUUUCCAGUUCAUGUGCUGUGUUCAAUGGGGAAAAGCUUCCGACAAAGUAGGUAGAAAGGUAAUCUUGCUUAUAGGCUUGUUUGGUACUUCUUGCUCGCUUCUACUCUUUGGUUUCUCAAAGAACUUCUACAUCGCCUUGUUGGCCAGAUCAACCAUGGGGAUGGUAAAUGGAAAUAUCGCAGUGUUGAGAACAGCUAUUGGUGAGAUUGCUACUGAAAGGAGACAUCAAGCCAUUGCUUUCUCGACUUUACCACUUUUGUGGAAUGUGGGGUCUGUGAUCGGACCCAUGAUCGGUGGGUCCAAGUACUUGACAAGACCAAAGGGUAACCCAGCGUACGACGAUGAACCUUCCAACUUUUUAUUGAGAAUCACCACUAUGGCUAUCGACAAAACCAGCUUUAUCGAUACUGGUAAAGAUAGCUUUUACGAAAGUUUCAUCACGAAACACCCAUACGCCUUGUCUAACAUAGUAGUUGCUAUAUUCUUGUGGUUCAGUAUGCUUGUUGGCUUCUUGUUCUUGGAAGAAACUCACGAAAGGUACAAGAGGAAGAGAGACAGAGGUCUUGAGAUCGGGGACGUAAUCCUCCGACUCCUUGGUUUCAACCCACCUGUCAGACCAUGGCAAAAGAGUAGAAAACAAAAGUCCAGACUGAAAAAGAGCAAACCUACCAAAACGGUGGAACCCACAAUUCAAACAUCUACACCUCCACCUUUGGAAAGCGAUGACGAAUCUAAUGAAGUGACUCCAUUCAAUAGACCACAGCAAUUGUACUCAGCUGUUGAAGGGAACUCUUCUACAGAUUCUAUUGACUCUGCUGGUCCUCUUCUUACCAGGAGAUACUCUAAUGCUCUUGUUCGUAGAUACUCUUCCAACCAACUUGGACCGGUCAUCUCGAAUACCACUACCAAUAUGUCUGUACUAACCACCAAUGCCCAGGGCUUUAAUAGGGAAAUUUUUACCAAACCUGUGGUUCAAACGAUUAUUGCUAACUUCCUUACUUCUUUCCAUAGUAUUGUUUAUUCUGAGUUCUUACCGGUAAUGUUGGCUGGUGACUUGAUGGUAGACAAGUUGAAGUUCCCUUUCACCAUUAAGGGUGGUUUUGGCUACGAAUCUAGCGACAUUGGUACACUUUUGUCUACUACAGGUUUGAUUGGUGGUCUUGGGAUCAUGUUUGUCUUUCCUUUAAUUGAUCGAAACUUUAAGACUGUGAACUCAUACAGAGCAUCUGCAUCUAUCUUUCCAUUUUCUUACUUCAUUUUACCCUACUUGAUCUUCACUUUGCAUGCUUAUAAUCCUGCCAGACCAGAAUGGUUAACCAAAGCAUGUUUGUAUGCCUUGUGUUGUACCUCUACCUUCUUCGGUGCUGUAGGAUUUCCUAAUAUUCUAAUUUUAAUUCACAGAGCAUCUCCUGCCAAACACCGUGCAUUCAUCAACGGUCUGGCUUUGAGUCUCUCAUCUUUGGCAAGAUGUAUUGGUCCUGUGCUAUGGGGUUAUAUAAUGUCCCUCUGUGAAAAAUACUCUAUUGGUGAGGUUUCUUGGCUCUUGUUGUCCAUGUUGUCCUUAAUUUGUUGUAUUCAAGCUUACUUCUUCAUGGAAGAUUACGACGAGGACUUGAAAGAUCCAAUCGCAGAAGAAAUAGAGGACCAGACAGAAUUAUCGACCGCGUAG